AACCUGAAAAAUGGCCGGGUUUUCAUCAUUAAGAGCUACUCGGAGGACGACAUCCACCGCUCCAUCAAGUACUCCAUCUGGUGCAGCACGGAACAUGGUAACAAGCGGCUGGAUUCGGCCUUUCGCAUCAUCAACGGCAAGGGUCCUGUCUAUCUGCUGUUCAGCGUCAACGGCAGCGGACACUUCUGCGGCGUGGCAGAGAUGCGCUCACCUGUAGACUACGGCACCAGUGCCGGCGUUUGGGCACAGGACAAGUGGAAGGGCAAAUUCGAUGUGGACUGGCUGUUUGUUAAAGACGUGCCCAACAGCCAGCUCCGGCACAUCCGCCUAGAGAACAAUGACAACAAGCCCGUGACCAACUCCCGUGACACGCAGGAGGUGCCUCUGGAGAAGGCCAAGCAGGUGCUGAAGAUCAUCGCCACCUACAAACACACCACCUCCAUCUUCGAUGACUUCUCACACUACGAGAAACGGCAGGAGGAGGAAGAGGUGGUAAGAAAG